AUGUUUUGUGCUAUUUUAUGCAAUGAUUUAGUAAAGUAUGCAAUAAACAAGCGACAAAGAAAAUCUACAACCACUGAAGAAUGGAUUUGUGUACUGUUGCCUUUUAUGCAAUAUUCUUUACAAACCAAUGUGGAGUACAAUGCAGGAAAUCAAGAGAACGGAUCAAAUUUUAUUUUUAUGACCAGCACAAAGAUAUCAAUCGCAUUCGACACUUCUUUGAAGUUCAAAACUGAGAAGUGA